CUCCAUUUAAUUAAAACUUUUACGUUUUUUGUUCCCUCUCUCUUCAAGUGAAUACUCAAACCCAACACGCAAACUGGGUUCCUUCUGUUUUGAUCAUCUGUUCAAAGAAAAAAUGUGCACGAUCCGAGAGCAGUCGGGUCAAAAUCAGUUUAAAGCAUUGAAUUCGAUUUCAGCGGAGAAGAAUAUUGAGUUUUUGAAAUCUUUGUUGAAGGUUGCUGUUGUAAUCUUAAUGGUCACUUCAAUUUCCCUGUUUCUGUAUUCGGUUUUUCACAGAGAGGUCCAACCCGUAUGGUUCCGAUGCCCCGAAUACGACAACCUGGACCGAACCCGAAACGUUGUCCAAGUCAGUCCUGAUUACACCCCAACGAACAUUUCCCAUAUAGCAUUUGGUAUCGGCGGGUCGAUCCGAACGUGGAAGGACCGGAAAAGCUAUUCGGAGCUCUGGUGGAAACCGAAUGUGACACGUGGCUAUGUUUGGCUGGACAAAAAACUCGACACCAGAGCACUACGGAAUGGUAAUUCCAUUCCUUAUAGGAUAUCCUCCGACUGGACCCGGUUCAAACACUCGACAGGCUCCGACUCGGCAAUCCGAAUAGCCCGUGUGAUUUCUGACCUUUUCCGGGUCGGGUUGCCGAACGUGAGAUGGUUCGUCAUGGGCGAUGAUGAUACGGUGUUUUUCACUGAUAACCUUGUUACGGUGUUAGCGAAAUACGACCACCGUCGGAUGUACUACAUCGGAGGGAGUUCGGAGAGUGUGGAACAGAACGUGAUGCAUGCCCACGACAUGGCGUUUGGCGGUGGCGGUUUCGCCAUUAGUUAUCCGCUUGCGGUGGAGCUAGUCAGAGCAAUGGACGGCUGCCUUAAUAGGUAUCACUAUUUCUACGGCUCAGAUCAACGGGUAUGGGCAUGUGUUGGCGAGAUUGGAAUAGCCCUUACAAAAGAACCAGGGUUCCACCAGAUUGAUAUAAGAGGCGACCCUUACGGAUUUCUCGCAGCACACCCUAUGGCGCCUAUAGUAUCUCUUCAUCACCUUGAUUAUGUAAAGCCUUUGUUUCCAAACCAGACUCGGCUGGAAUCAUUAGGAACACUAAUGGAGGCAUACCAACUCGACCCAUCCCGAACAUUGCAGCAAUGCUUAUGCUACCAUCGGAAGCAAAAAUGGUCUGUGUCCGUCUCGUGGGGCUAUACCGUGCAGAUAUAUACCACACUGUUGACAGCCAAGGAGUUGGAAAUGCCGUUGCGAACGUUCCAAACAUGGCGGAGUCGGAGUGAUGGACCUUUCGAGUUCAAAACCCGUGCAAUGAGCGAUGAUCCGUGUAAUCAGCCUGUUGUCUUUUAUUUAAGUUCGGCCAACGACGAUGGGAAGGGUAAUACUGUGACUAUUUAUAAGAAGUUUACGGUUAAUUCAGUGAAGAAGAAGUGCGGCAGAUCACAGAAUGCAGCAGAAGCUAUUGAAAAAGUCAUUGUAUCAGCAUCAAAAAUGGAUCCUAAAGAAUGGCACAAGGGAAACCGAAGAAAGUGCUGUGAUAUAAAUAGAAGUCUGAAUCAUGGGAUACUGAGAAUUAACGUUAGGAGGUGUAAACAACAGGAGACUCUAACAAUUUGAGGCUAGUCUGGACGGUUUCUUGAUGUCGUACAUAAUUUAUUGAAGGAGAAGGAGAAGGAGAAGGAGUAUUUUAGAAUAAUAGAAAGCAUAGACAUUUUACGUUGGAUUUCAUUUUUGCUGAAUUUAGAGCAGGCUACAUUUAUCUGAAAUAAGUUAGCCAAAGCUUGUUCUCAAAUUAAUGAAAUAUAUGAUUGAAAAGUUAUGGAUCCCAUAAAAUGUUUGAUGAAA